CAUAUAUCUAUCUAUAUAUAUAUAUAUAUAUAUACAUUUUUUGUGCCGCCACUCAGCAGUAUGUCACCUGAGUUGGAAGAGAACAGCCAAGGUGAAAUCAGUGUUCCCCAGCUGGACGCAGGGAUACUGUCUGAGGAGGAGGGCAGCGCAUCAGCUCGCCCUCUGGUGCCUGUGCCUGGGGUGGGCUCAGGGUGCGAUGACGGCGGAGGGGGUGGCCCAACGCAGACCCAGGACGAUACUGCGGCUGGAAAUGGGUCUGUAACAGUACCAGCAGCGGAGAGAGAAACCUGGACCAGACAAAUGGACUUCAUCAUGUCCUGUGUGGGUUUUGCUGUUGGCUUGGGCAACGUGUGGCGGUUCCCUUACCUGUGCUACAAAAAUGGAGGAGGGGUUUUCCUGAUCCCUUACUUGUUGAUUGUGUUCAUCGGGGGCAUCCCAGUUUUCUUCCUGGAGAUUGCCCUGGGACAGUUCAUGAAGCAGGGAGGGGUCUCUGCCUGGAACAUCGCACCCCUCUUUAAAGGUCUGGGCUUGGCCUCAAUGGUGAUCGUGUUCUUCUGUAACACCUACUAUAUCAUGAUCCUGGUGUGGGGCCUCUACUUUCUUUUUCACUCUUUCACUAACCCACUGCCCUGGGCCACCUGCGGACACCCCUGGAACACCCCCAACUGUACACAGGACUUUCGACGCACCUGCCACAACCGCAGUACUGCCCAGCCUGCUCUACCAUCGUCUGCCGCCACCAACUCCAGCCUCUUCUCCUCCGCAUCUCCGCUGAACCUCUCCUCAGCCCAGCUCCUCCUCAAUGGCAGCUGCAUGGAUGCUGAGGGCCUGCGUUCUCCUGUCAUUGAGUUUUGGGAACGUAAAGUGCUUCGUCUGUCUGGAGGGCUGCACGAGCCCGGUGAUAUAAGCUAUGAGAUGGUGCUGUGUCUUAUAGCCACCUGGAUCAUUGUUUACUUCUGUAUGUGGAAAGGAGUUAAAUCUACUGGCAAGGUUGUGUACUUCACAGCUCUCUUCCCUUACCUGGUUCUGGUUGUUCUUCUUGCCCAUGGGGUCACUCUGCCUGGAGCAUUGGAUGGCAUUGUUUAUUACCUGAAACCAGACUGGUCCAAACUGGGAGAAGCACAGGUGUGGAUAGAUGCCGGCACUCAGAUUUUUUUCUCCUAUGCCAUCGGACUAGGUGCCCUGACUGCGCUGGGUAGCUACAAUCGCUUCCAUAACAACUGUUACCAGGAUGCAUUUGUGCUCGCUCUCAUCAACAGUGGAACCAGUUUCUUUGCCGGCUUUGUGGUAUUCUCUGUGCUGGGUUUCAUGGCUACAGAACAAGGAGUGGACAUCAGUAAAGUAGCCGAGAGUGGUCCAGGCCUGGCCUUUAUAGCCUAUCCCAAGGCUGUGACUCUGAUGCCUCUGGCACCGCUCUGGGCAGCACUUUUCUUCUUCAUGUUACUCAUACUGGGGCUGGACAGUCAGUUUGUCGGGGUUGAGGGUUUGAUAACGGGAAUCAUGGACAUGCUGCCCCCAAAAUCUGCCCUGGGCUCGCUUCGGCGAGAGGUAGUAGCUGCCAUCUGCUGCAUCAUCUGCUUCCUCAUUGACAUGUCCAUGGUUACUGAGGGAGGGAUGUAUGUCUUCCAGCUGUUUGACUACUACUCUGCCAGUGGCAUCACAUUGUUGUGGCAGGCCUUCUGGGAGUGUGUGGUGGUUGCAUGGGUGUAUGGCGCAGACCGUUUCAUGGACGAUGUGGCUCGUAUGAUCGGCUAUCAGCCCCUACCCUAUAUGAAGUGGUGUUGGUCCUACAUCACACCUUUUGUCUGUGUGGGAGUGUUCCUGUUCCAUGUGGUUAACUACAAGCCCCUGACCUACAACACAGUGUACACAUACCCCAUCUGGGGUGAAGCACUUGGCUGGGCGCUGGCCCUAUCCUCCAUGCUCUGUAUCCCUGUCACUGUUCUCUACAAACUACUGCGCUGCAAAGGAUCUUUGCGGGAGCGCUGGCAGCACCUAACCACACCAGUUUGGGGCAGACAUCACUUGGAGUACCUGGCCCCUGAGAGUGAGGCCAAACUGCUGCCCCCUGCAGGAACCAAGGGGACGCUGCUCUUUGAGAGUGUCAUCUGAUGAGUUGAGCUCCACAGAACAAAAGGGUCAUCUUUGACAGCAGCAGACACGUACAUACGCGAACAAACUUACAGAUUAAUUACACACCCUUCCACUUUAAAACUGUAAGAAAGACCUGGACAAUGGACCAAAGAUUAGAUUGGAGAAAAACAACCAUGUAUUCAUCACAUGCUGAUAUACCCUCUGCUCUGUUUUCUGACUCUACCUCGCUGGCUUGCCCCUCUCUUUCUGUCCCACUCCUGCGUUUGUGCUGUUCUGUCCUGUAUUGCUUUGUCUGUGUGAUGUAGUUUGUAGUUUGCAAUAUCUUCCCUUUCCACGCCUUCCUGUCCACGUUUUAAAAGCCUCACUCAACCCAAGCCGUCAUGCCAUCUUCAAUGAGCAUAAACUUAAAAGAGUCUGAUGAGUUGUUUUAAAAUUAAAGACCUCAUAUCUGCUGCUGAUAAUGCCACGGUCUUAAUGCUUAUGUGUGUAGAUGCACGUAUGCCUGUGCCCUUGUGUUUAUAACCCAUGUCCCGUGCGUGUGUGCGUGUCUGUGUGAACGGGUGUUGCGUUAGACCGUGGGCCACGGUCUGUGGCGAUGGUAUUUUCCAUUUAUAUGUAACAUUGCCUUCAGCCAUUGUUUCCUGCCAACUGUUCUCUGUGAAUUAACUGUACAAAAAAACAACUUCCAUUAGUUAAAAACUAAAAUUAUCAUGACAAGCAAUGCACCACCAAUUCCAGCUAUGUAUUAUAAACUAACUUAAGUAUCCAGUGUGUUGUACGGUCUGUGAAUCAGUGUUAAUAUUUGGAGGGGAUGAUGAUUAUUAUUUCCAUGUGAAGAGAAGGAGAGAAACCCCUGGGUGAGCUGUUUAAAGAGCAGGAGGCUGGGAUGACAUAGAAUUGCUGUGACGCCUGAUGAGAUGCAAUAAAUGGCCAGAUAAAGAUGGAUGUAAUGUG